CAUCUCAGAAUAACAAUGGACUUCUAUCAGAACAACUUCAGGAUCUCGUAACAAAAAAAUCAUCUGCUAUACUCGAAGGAAAUUUCGUUACUCUUAUGCCAAAUGCUAAGAAUUCUACGGAAGGAGCGGAAAAUCCUUCUGACGAAAUUUUAUCAAAUUGUUCCGAAACGCAGGAGAUUGUUAGAGUUUUAAGCAUUCACAAAGAUUCCCAUAAUGAAAUAUACUUUAAAAUCGAGAGUGAUGAUAAAUCCACAUCAUUGAUAAAACGAUCAGAAGCUAAUUUGUUUUAUCCCCAAGAGGUUCUCGCUUUUUAUGAGUCCAAGUUGACUUGGAAUUGA